AUGAGACCACCACACCCCCCUACACAUUAUGAGAUCCUCAACCUCACGCCCUCCAUCAUCGACGACUCACCAGACGCCGCCAAACUCAUAAAGAAAGCCUACCACAGAGCCUUGCUCCGCAAUCAUCCCGACAAAGCCACCACUCACGCGAAGACGCCACCGGGAGCACUAUACUCCAUAGACCAAAUCACCACCGCAUUCACGGUCCUCUCUGCCCCCCGGCAACGCACAGAGUACGACGCCAAACUCCGUCAGGCUCAGACGUUUUCUGGCUCCGCUGGACCGGAUUCAGGACAGAGGUUUCAGACGGGUGUUGAGAAUGUAGAUUUGGACGAUUUGCCCUCCAAGUUCCCCGUCGUGGCUAGCAACGGUCGUGUCAUGCAACAAUCUAUCACGGGCAAUUUCAACGCAAGUGUUCGGGCGGCAAAGUUUGGACCCAUUUGUUCCGUGUAUUGA